AUGACUCGCCAGAUCGAGACUCACCACUACGUCACCCGACUCAACCAGGACUUCCUCCAGUCCGCCGUUUAUGACUCCGACGACUCCUCCGCCCGCCUCAUCGGCGUGGAGUACAUGGUAUCGGAACGGAUUUUUGACACCCUUCCGCCGGAGGAACAGAAGCUGUGGCACUCUCACGGUCACGAGAUUACGUCAGGGUUGUGGGUUAACCCUGGAGUUCCGGAGAUGAUUCAGAAGCCAGAAAUCCGAGACUUGGCUAAAACGUACGGCAAAUUUUGGUGCACGUGGCAAGUUGAUAGAGGAGAUAGGCUGCCACUGGGUGCACCGGCACUGAUGACGUCACCACAAGUAGUGAACAUGGGCACGGUUGCGCCGGAGCUUGUUCGGAAGAGGGACGACAAGUAUAAAAUAUCAUCGGAUGAACUGAGUAAAACGAGGGUCGAUAUCGCCGUGCCUGAGUCAACUACUCGUUAUGCUGACUAUUGGAUGAUGACCGGCAAAGGCUUCGCCGUUGACCUCCAACAGACAGAAAUGAAAUCCACCGCUCCUUUUCCCUGAUUAUUUAUUUAUUUAG